AUGCCUUCGGCCCCGCAGCUCGGCGCCCUCGGGCACACCUUCACGGCCAUGCGCGCGAUGCAGUUCGCUUCGUUGAUCGCCAUCAUCGGCAUGACGUCCAACUUCAUCUCCGAGAUCAACGGAGCCGACGCCUUGUCGCCGCCCGUUCUGAUCGGGACUCUGGUAGUCUCGUGCAUUGCAACCCUCUACAUCGUCAUAACUUACAUCCUCUACUACGACAACAUGCUUCCCCUGCUCAUCGCCACAGGCGCGGACUCGGCCCUCCUCAUCGCCGUCAUCGUCGUCGCCUGCACCCUCGGCAAGCCCCUCUCCUACCUCAACUGCGCGGCCCUCCCGAAAUCCGGCAGCACGGCAAACUUCAUGGCCUCCGUCACGGCGAACAUCAACACCGGGUCGGCGCUCAACUACUUCGUCUGGGUCGGCGCGGACCAGAGGACGUGCUACGCCAUCAAGGCCGUCUGGGGCCUGUCCAUCGCUCUGUGCGUGCUCUUCGCCUUCAGCGCCGUGACGGCCGCGUGCCUCUGGCGCCGCAUCAAGAUGGCCCCCUCCGCCGCGCACAAGGACAUUGAGGGUUGA